CCUUUACCAUCAAAGCCAUGUUGAGUGGACCAGGUAAGCCCUUUACCAUCAAAGCCAUGUUGAGUGGACCAGGUAAGCCCUUGACCAUCAAAGCCAUGUUGAGUGGACCAGGUAAGCCCUUGACCAUCAAAGCCAUGUUAAGUGGACCAGGUAAGCCCUUUACCAUCAAAGCCAUGUUGAGUGGACCAGGUAAGCCCUUUACCAUCAAAGCCAUGUUAAGUGGACCAGGUAAGCCCUUUACCAUCAAAGCCAUGUUGAGUGGACCAGGUAAGCCCUUUACCAUCAAAGCCAUGUUGAGUGGACCAGGUAAGCCCUUUACCAUCAAAGCCAUGUUGAGUGGACCAGGUAAGCCCUUUACCAUCAAAGCCAUGUUGAGUGGACCAGGUAAGCCCUUUACCAUCAAAGCCAUGUUGAGUGGACCAGGUAAGCCCUUGACCAUCAAAGCCAUGUUAAGUGGACCAGGUAAGCCCUUGACCAUCAAAGCCAUGUUAAGUGGACCAGGUACGCCCUUGACCGUCAAAGCCAUGUUAAGUGGACCAGGUAAGCCCUUGACCAUCAAAGCCAUGUUGAGUGGACCAGGUAAGCCCUUGACCGUCAACGCCAUGUUAAGUGGACCAGGUAAGCCCUUGACCGUCAAAGCCAUGUUAAGUGGACCAGGUAAGCCCUUUACCAUCAAAGCCAUGUUAAGUGGACCAGGUAAGCCCUUGACCGUCAAAGCCAUGUUAAGUGGACCAGGUAAGCCCUUUACCAUCAAAGCCAUGUUGAGUGGACCAGGUAAGCCCUUUACCAUCAAAGCCAUGUUAAGUGGACCAGGUAAGCCCUUUACCAUCAAAGCCAUGUUGAGUGGACCAGGUAAGCCCUUUACCAUCAAAGCCAUGUUGAGUGGACCAGGUAAGCCCUUGACCAUCAAAGCCAUGUUAAGUGGACCAGGUAAGCCCUUGACCAUCAAAGCCAUGUUAAGUGGACCAGGUACGCCCUUGACCGUCAAAGCCAUGUUAAGUGGACCAGGUAAGCCCUUGACCAUCAAAGCCAUGUUGAGUGGACCAGGUAAGCCCUUGACCGUCAAAGCCAUGUUAAGUGGACCAGGUAAGCCCUUGACCGUCAAAGCCAUGUUAAGUGGACCAGGUAAGCCCUUUACCAUCAAAGCCAUGUUAAGUGGACCAGGUCAGUUUGCAGAGAAUGAAACCAACGAAGUGAACUUCAGAGAGAUCCCCUCCCAUGUCCUGUCCAAGGUGUGCAUGUAUUUCACCUACAAGGUCCGCUACACCAAUAGUUCAACGGAAAUACCAGAAUUCCCCAUCGCCCCCGAGAUCGCUCUGGAGCUGCUCAUGGCUGCAAACUUCUUGGAUUGUUAAAACUGAAGAAGAAGAAAAAGAAAUGUAGCAGCUUAAAACAUUUUGUAGAUUUUUUUUUUGUUGGACUAUUUAACUUGUUUGCCAUGUUGCUUAUAGAUAUAAAACAAAGUGAAUGAUGACGAGUACGUUUGUGUCAGUAUGCUGUGUAAAAUAUUUGAUUUUGCACCAGGCUUUAUGUCCACUUUCUGUUGAUAGUAAAGACUUUUUAAUUUUUAAUAUAAUUAACUGAUAUGGCUGCUCCAGAAUGUGACGAAGUGGCUUACCCUGUCGUACACAAUCAUUUCUUACCUCCCCACCACAAUAAAGUAUGCUUGAGUGUUUCGGUGCUAAA